ACUAGGCUUGCAACCAACUUUCGUUCCACCAAAAAGUGGAGAAAGUGAGAGUGGAGAAAGUGAGAGUGACAUAGAAAGCACUGGGUGAAAACAAGGUGGACCGGCCCAGCUCAAAAAUUUCAGAUUUAUUGUCCUUCUUCGACCAACCCAUCGCACUGCACAAAAAUAUCAUCAUCAUCAUCCCGUCGUCGUCGAAAUCUCACUUGUCGUGACGCAAAGUAGGACAUUAGUUAACUUAUCCGACUAAAUAUAUCAUCCACGAGCGUAACACUGUAUGCAAAACUGAGCCAUAAGCCGGCGUGAUCCAUCUGUUAUAUUAUUAUCAUCACGUCAUAUAGCAGUCAUAAAGCGUGAAGAAAAAGAAGACUAACUAGUUUUCCAUUCCAUAUAUCCAGUCGAAUUGAACCAUCCAUAAGUUUAGUUAGUUGGUUGGCUCACGAGGACAAGGACAAGGCCAUCAUCGACUAGCACGAGAGCAGCAACAGAGCACUCUUCACGCACGAAGAUAGACAGGAAUAAGACCAGCCAGUCAAUCAAUCAUCAUCGUCAUCAUCGGCACAAAAGGUUCAGCGUGCAGUUCAGCUAAAAAAGUCGUCCAAGAAAUUCCGUCAACUUGGCAAGGAUUUCUUACCUGGUCGUUCUUCCUGUGGGCGUGUGGGCAGUUUCGAUUUUUGGGUGGGUAAGACAACGGCUCCGUGAAUUGAUCUCGAUUAAGAGGGAGGAUUUAAUAUUGUCAUAAAUUAUCAUGGAUCGCCUCGGGAGUCCGUACACCCACCGGCCCUGGAUGAAGAAGAACGGUGCUGCGGCUGCGGCAGGGGGAGGAGCAAGCAUGGGUCUGAAGGGAAUCGUUGCGGGCGGAAUUACGGGAGGAAUCGAAAUCUGUAUAACAUUUCCAACCGAAUACGUCAAAACGCAGUUGCAGCUGGAUGAGAAGGGGGCAGCCAAGAAGUACACCGGGAUUGUGGACUGUGUGAAGAAGACGGUGAAAAGUAAUGGAUUUUUUGGACUUUAUCGAGGACUUAGUGUCCUCUUGUAUGGGUCCAUUCCAAAAUCGGCAGUCAGAUUUGGUGCAUUCGAGGAGCUAAAAAAAUACAGUGUGGAUUCCAAAGGAAACUUGGGACCAGGCCAACGACUCCUUUGCGGUCUCGGGGCUGGAGUAGCUGAAGCAAUUUUCGCCGUAACACCGAUGGAAACCAUCAAAGUAAAAUUUAUCAACGAUCAGCGAUCUGAAAAGCCCAAAUUCAAAGGAUUUUUCCAUGGAGUUCGUGAAAUCAUUCGUUCCGAGGGUAUCGGAGGAUGUUAUAAAGGUGUUUCCGCCACCAUAAUGAAACAGGGAAGUAAUCAAGCAAUCCGUUUCUAUGUGAUGGAAACUUUGAAAGACUGGUAUCGGGGUGGGGAUCCGAAAGCACCUGUACCGAAAUUAGUCGUCGGAGCCUUUGGUGCUUUUGCAGGGGCCGCCUCCGUCUUUGGAAAUACUCCAAUUGACGUUAUAAAGACGAGGAUGCAGGGUUUGGAAGCUGCCAAGUAUAAGAACACUCUGGACUGUGCAGCACAAAUCUGGAAGAACGAGGGCCCCAAGGCAUUCUACAAAGGAACGGUUCCUCGAUUGAGUCGUGUUUGUCUAGAUGUGGCGAUCACUUUCAUGAUUUAUGACUCAUUUAUGGAUUUGUUCAACAAAUUCUGGAAGUAAACCUGCCCAACACAACAAGAAGAAAUGCCCCUGCCGCAGCCGUAAAUAGUUUCUAACCUACAGUACAGAACAUAGUCUCUCCAUUAAAUGCGGGGAAAGGAACAAAGCGCCGUCAUUACAUUUAUUUUACUGCUCGCAACAAUCAAAAAGUGAGAGUGAAGCAAUCUGUCCACAACAAUUUUUAGUACGUGAUCACAAAUCUGUAUCAAGUCGGGAUGAAAAAAUAUCAUAAAGGAACAACCUCACCUCAACCUCUCCAUCUCUCCCCUCAUUUUAAUCACAUCAACCCAACGGACCGAAUUCUUGGAAAAAUUGGAGCACUCUCAACUUCUUCUUCUUCUUCUGCCAUCAUUAUAAAGUAAAGAAUACGAUCGAAUUUAUUAUUAUAUUUUUUGAAUGCUGCUGUGCGGUUAUCACUCUCCCGGCCCUGCUAUUGUUGGCAGUUUUACUUUAUUUUAUUUUUUUGUAGCAAGAGUGCAACCUUAACUAAUAUGAGACUAAAUUUCUGCCAUUAUUAUUUCCUUCCCUGUUUUUGUUGUUGUUGUUCUACUUAUUACAGGAUUACUCCUAUGAUAUAGUUGUACCCGUCAUAAUAAUGUCUCUCUCCUCUUAUUCCUUAUCGUUUAUAGAUAGUGUAUCCUAUAUUAUUAUUAUUAUGAGUAUGCAUAUAUCCUUAGUUAUGGAAUGGUUGUGGUGGUGCUGUAUUGCUAAAAAAUUACUUUUUAAAAGUAUAUAAUAAGUGUAGAAUGAGCUAACACGAAAAUCUUUAAUCGUCCCAGAAAAUCGUCCAGUCUUGAAAAGUUGUGAAAGUAAAACCGAAAAAAUUUAGCUGAA